AUGCCGCCUCUUGCUACACCAGAUAUGCAAUCAUUACUAAAUCCUGAUGGAUGUAUUCUGAUAGAUUUCUUAUUACCAACUGGAAUAAUUGUUCCUUUGUCUGUUAAUUUCUAUGAACCACUAGAACAGAUUAAAAAGGAAUUAUGGCUGAAAGCGUCCAAAUUACCCUUGUACAGCUUAUUAAAUUCUACUUGUUGUUAUUGCUUUGUUUGUGUUAAUCAACUUGGAGUCAAGGAGGAACUGAUAGAUGAAAGUCAAUGUUUAAAUGAUAUAAGACCAUUUUAUUCAACCAUUCCUUUCUUAAAACUAGUAGAAAAACAAGGGGAUGAGAAUAAUAAAACUUUACUUCGUAAUAUCAACAGUUUAGUUGGAAAAGGACCACAGAAAUUAGAAGCAUGGUCAACAGCAGAAGUUACAGAAUUCAGUACAAAAAUGCAGCAACACUGUGAUAGGAUACUUCAAAAUAGGAAAUCAAGAGGUUGGGUGGAGAAUUUAAGGAUUAAACAUCCACAAAGACUCAGACCAUCAUGGGAACUACCGCCCAGAUUACAAGGUCACUUGUCUAAUGAUUGUAUAGUUGUUGAAAUAAGAAAUGAAAUGACUCAGGCAACAUACACAGUUAAACAACCAGCAAUGGGACAUCCAGUUGAUUUGAUUACAGUAGCUUUAAGAAAAUGGGCCAACACGUCUGGUAGAAAUCCUGAAGAUCCAGAUCAUUAUGUAUUAAAACCAUAUGGAUAUGAAGAUUACAUUUAUGGUGAUUAUCCUCUUCAGCAAUUUAAGUAUGUGUAUUCUUGUUUGAUUAAAAAUAAAGCACCACAGUUCUGGUUAUUAAAAAGAGAUGAUAUAGUUGGAGAAGUGAAGUUAUUUGUGGGAUUGUAUCAUGGUUCAGAAUCUCUAUGUGAAGUUUGUAAUACAGGAGAAGUACAGAUUAAUAAUGGUAGUUGCAAUGUAACCAUAGAUUUAAAAUUUGAUAUUAAUGUAUCAGAUUUACCAAGUGCAUCUCGUAUAUGUUUUGCUCUGUAUUCUCUUGGUAAUAUUGAAAUGCUUCCAGCAGCCUGGGUUAAUAUACCGGUAUAUGAUUUUAGAUCAAGAUUGAUUCGUGGGGAGAGAACUAUGGACAUGUGGACAGUUGAAGACAAUUUAGGAUUUGAUGAAAUAUGCCAUGUUUUAGGAACAAUUGCACCAAACCCAUAUGGUCAUGAUUCCCCAAGUUUAUCAGUGCUCUUUCCUGACUACAAUAUUAGACCUAAUAUUAUUUACCCAUCAUAUGACAAGGUAAUAUCAUUUUUUUGGAAAAAAACACACAGCCACUAUGAGUUACAGAUGAUAAUAAAUAAAGAUCCACUGUCACCAUUAUUUGAACAAGAGAAAGAAUUAUUAUGGUUAUUGCGCUAUGAAUGCUUAGAAAAAUAUCCUCAUGCCUUAUCCAAGUUAUUAUCUUCUAUUAAAUGGUGUAACCACAUAGAUGUUGCCAAGAUGACAGCAUUAUUACAAGCAUGGCAAUGUUUACCUGUAGAUUAUGCUCUAGAAUUGUUAGACUUCAAUUUUCCUGAUAAAAAUGUCAGAGAGUUUGCUAUUAAAAGUCUGGAUGAAAAAUUAUGUGAUGAUGAAAUGUCUCAGUAUCUGUUACAACUGGUACAAGCAGUUAAAUAUGAAAUCUACCUCAAUUGUCCAUUAGUCAAAUUUCUAUUAUCAAGGGCUGUUCAAAAUCAACAUAUAGGUCAACAACUCUUCUGGCAUUUAAAAUCUGAGAUGCAUGAUCCAAGAGUAAUGGUGCGAUUUCGAUUGAUUAUUGAAGUAUAUUUACGAUCUAGUAAAGAUCAUUUAUUAGUAUUAUUGAAACAGUCUGAAGCUCUAGGAAAAUUGAAAGGUGUCAAUGAAAUAGUGAAGAGUAGCAGUUUUAAUCUACAAGAUGCAAAACAAAAUAAGAAAGCUAAAGAUCAUAUGAAGAAAAUAUUAGAUCAGAAAUCAUUCAAAGAAUGUUUGUCUAAUUUGUGUAGUCCACUAUCUUCUAUCUAUAAACUGAAAGAACUAUUGACGGAAAAAUGUAAUAUAUUUAAUUCUAAGAAAAGACCAUUACAUAUUGUAUGGUCUAAUGAUGAUAUUUAUGGUAGUGACAUUAAUUUGAUAUUUAAAAAUGGAGAUGAUCUACGUCAGGAUAUGUUAACACUACAAAUGUUUCAAAUAAUGGAUAAUAUAUGGCAGUUUGAGGGUUUGGAUCUUAGAAUGAAUCCUUAUGGUUGCUUAGCAACAGGUCAUGAACAAGGUAUGAUCGAAGUAGUCACUAUGUCCAAAACAGUAGCUAAUAUACAGAAAUGGUACAACAAAAAUGCCUUCAAUAGAAAAGCUCUGUUUGAAUGGUUAAAGUGUUUUCAUCCUACAAAGGAAAGUUUAGAAGGUGCUGUUGAAGAAUUUAUCCUAUCAUGUGCUGGAUAUUGUGUAGCUACCUAUGUACUGGGUAUUGGAGAUAGACAUAAUGAUAAUAUUAUGUUAAAAGAGUCAGGGCAGCUAUUUCAUAUAGAUUUUGGACAUUUUCUGGGAAAUUUUAAGAGUAAAUUUGGUGUAAGAAGAGAUCGAGUGCCAUUUGUUUUGACAACACAUUUUGUUUAUGUUAUUACCAAUGGAGAUACUAAGUUAGAGAAUUUUAAAAGAUUUAAAGAAUACUGCGAGAGUGCUUAUCUGAUACUAAGAAGAAAAGGACAUUUGUUUUUUUCAUUGUUUAUGAUGAUGUUAUCCUCUGGUUUACCACAGUUAACUUGUACAAGAGAUGUGGAAUAUUUGCGUGAAACUCUGAAACCAGAUUUGUCAGAGGAAGAGGCUUUAAAUCAUUUCCGUCUCAAGUUUCAAGAUGCUAUUAAAAACAGUUGGACAACAACUUUAAAUUUCUUUAUUCAUAUUAAGGCUAAAGAUAACACAUAA